CUCACCAACUAUCCAUACAACUCAAGAGUGCCAUUAACCCUCAUACGACACACUAGAAAUGUAUCCCCGUGCCUUCAUCGUCUUGUAUGCUCUUGCGGCUGCCACCAGCACAAUUCCAGCGUUGAGCUCGGCCAUAGUUGUCGGAAGCAUCUGUACCACUGGUACACUAGAGUGUUGCCAAUACGUCGAGUCUCCUCUGGACCAGCCAGCUCAGACCGACCUCCAAACACUUGGAAUUUCUGUUACGAGUACAGCCGCUGACAUCGGCAUCAACUGUACCCCCGUGGCGACCCUCGGCGGCGCUGGGAGCUUCGUGUGUGCUGACGUGCUCGCCUGCUGCACCGGUGAGAGCUACUACAAUGGCCUCAUCGUCUUAGGGUGUACUCCCGUCAGCUUGGUUGCUCAGUGAAACUGUGGUACUACCAUGGCAUGAAAAGAUUCGAAUUUGUCUAUUCCUGUGCAUUCGCUAC